CUAUUCUCUUCACUAAGAUUGAAGCAAAUGAGAUCUUUCAGCAGCUGGAGCAGGACAUAGUGUAUUUUUCAGGGGAUCUUAGUAAAGUUCAUGUUUUUGGAAAAUGGCAUACUGUACCUAGAAAACAAGUAACUUAUGGAGAUGAAGGGUUGACCUAUGCAUUUUUCUGGCAUCACAUUGUCUCCAAAGCCUUGGAUUCCUGUCCUGGAUCGUAUAAGAGACAAGGUGAAACUGGCCACAGGACACUCCUUCAACUUUGUUCUAAUCAACAGGUAUAAAGAUGGAAAUGAUCACAUAGGUGACCACAGAGAUGAUGAGAAGGAGCUUGUCCCACAGAGCCCUAUUGCUUCUGUGUCUUUUGGAGCAUGCAGAGAUUUUGUCUUCCGGCACAGAGAUUCCCGCAGCAAAAAUUCUAUAUGUCAAAUUCAGCCUGUGAAGCUAGAACUAGAACAUGGAAGCUUGCUUAUGAUGAAUUUCCCAACCAAUGUCUAUUGGUAUCACAGCCUUCCCGUAAGGAAGAGAGUCAUUGCUCCUAGAGUUAACUUGACUUUCCGGCAACUUAUGUCAAAGAGGCUGAAAUAA